AUGCCCGUGCUUGCUGAUGAUCUUACAACUCUGCGUGCAACUGCCUGUCGAACCAGCUGUCCCAUGCGUUUCUUCUACGUGCCGGACGCAAACGGACAACUUGUGAAGGCGGUCCCAUGCUACUACGCUUACCCGGCGGACUUCAUUGAAGCAUGUCGUGCUACUGCCACCAUGCAGAUUGGGACCAAGAGACCCUGCACCACAUGCUACGUGGAGGAGGAUGAUCUGGCAAACCUCAAGCUCAAAUCUACCAUCAGGACCCCUGCUUCCCAGGAGCAUGCGGUGCAGCAGAUUCUAGCUUGCAAGACCGUGAAGGCGGCUGAGAAAGUGCAGUCGGAAUGUGGUGCCAACUAUGCCGCGUUUGAGCACCGCGCCAUGAUGCAAGUCAUGCCGAUCCUGGUGGCGGACAAGGGGGCGCUUGGGAAGGGGCCGGACGCAGAGCUGAGGGCUAUGAGAGUGCGUGCUUUCCGGUUAUACGCAACGUUCUACAAGGCCUUUCUUGGCGUGGAUGGUCACACGAGGGCGUCGCUCGCACACGCAAGGGAGCUCGCAUACAGGCUGGUCGACCUUCUCCCACGAGCAUACCCAGAUCAGAAGUCGGGAUGGCGGUUCCCUAAGGUGCACAUGAUCAAGCACCUGCUGGAGAAUGUGAUUCUCAGGGGCAUGCCCCACCACUACAACACGGAGCUGUGGGAGCAUACACACAAGGGCACGGUCAAGGUGCCGGUUCGGGGCGGCAACUGGAAAGACAUCCCCCGGAGGAUAGUCGAGGAGGAGGUGCAACGGGAGAUCUGCCGGGAGGUGGCGGCUGAUGCAGGCGGCGGGUGGCAGUACACCACUGCUCUCAGAGAGGCUGUGCGGACCAAGAAGCCGGUCCUCACGAGGAAGGGGCGGCUCAUGGUGCCUGGGGCGGAGGAUGAUGCCGUUUUGGCGAUGUACCACGCGUCGCACGGUGACGACAUGAAGGAUCUAGUGGGAUGCAUGCGAUCGGCAGGGGUGAAGACGGAGCGCGUCCAGGCACACACCGCCGUGGCGAUUCCGCGCACGCGUGGGGAGGCGUUGGUGGCCAAGGGCACGUUCGUGAAAGCGAGCCCGGGGGAGAAGUGGUUUUCUGAUGUGGCACUGUUGGCGCCUAAAGGGGGGGAGUGGUUUGCCAAGGUGUUGUGCAUCUUCAAGGCGGCUGGGGAUGAGGGGGAGCCGAAGGGCUACAUGUACGUGCGGUACUAUGAGCAGGCUGGGCUCUGUCCCCUGACCACAUGCAUCCAGCUAACACCCCACCGGAUGGAGACGAGGUUCGCUGUGGUGGAGGUGGCCACGAUCCUGAGGGUGGUGCACAUUUGUCGGAGCUUCAGCAACCCCAAGGUGCUCCUGGUGAACAAGUUUCUGCUGAUCGACCAAUGUUCCCCCGUUCCUCCUUCAUCGGUUCAACCUCGGCUCUACCGUCUAAGUACUCGUCUCUUGUUUUUCGUCGUGGACCACAGCGGAUAUCAAGUCUGCGUUUUUCGUGCUAGACAGACGUCAUACGACAGCAUGGCCGCGAUAGUGACUCUCCUGGAGGCUCUCAAAGCCCAUCCUGACGAUGUGUACUUGUUCUCCGAGUUCCCGUUCAUACCUACGAGGCUCCCGGUGUCGGCGGUUAUGGACGCGGAGUUCGGAAUAGCGCGCGAGUGGCAUAUGAUGGUGGGUUUGCUGGUCAACGCUUCUGGCUCCAAGUGGCGUCAUCCGCUUGUGGUGUUGAGGCGGGAUGAUGGCAGGGCCGUACACAAUGGGCGGCGUCGUGAGCAUAAUGUCGUGGUGCGCUACGCAAAGCACGGCCGCAUGUCGUCUGAGGUGAGUCUCGGCGCGGUUUGCAUUCCUGUUUUCACAAAUGCAAUCUGUUACGAGGAAGGUGCUGAUUGCGUAAAUUGUGGGGAUGUCGUCGUGUAUCAACAACUAUUCACGGAGCACAUGGUGAAGUUUGACGGGGAUCUCUUCGCAAAGAACGAGCGCGCAAUUGUUCUGGUGUACGACCCGAAGCACGAGCUGACUGGUUGUGUGUUCGAGUCGGAAACCGUUGCCGGGUUUGCGGCGCAGAAUCUCCUGAGUGUCAAGGUGGUGCAGCUUUAUGGCGGGCCGCCCCGGUGCAGCAUGCCGUCGACGACCGGGGUGGUUGACACGGUGAAGGCAAUACACCGAUACUGGUUCAUGAAGGACGCUAUGGACAGCAACGAGUGGAAGAAGAAGGGAGAGGUACCUCGACCGUCACUCCCAGACGUGCUGAGGAGGCUGGAACUGGCGUGCAAGUUGACGUCGGAGACGGCGAUUCAGAGGAGCUGGUGGCGCGCGGGUUGUGUGCCGACGGCGUGGGUGUCGCUGAUGAAACGCCUGGAUGGCGCUGGCGCUGCUUUGAUGUUUGAGCCCAUUGUUAGCGAGCUUACAAUGCUGCAGAUGGCUAUUGAGAAUUUUAAGAGGGCCCCUGCUAUGUAUAUGACGUCGUGGGAUUUUGUGGGCUGCGACGAGGACCUGCUCAUCAAGUGGGGCGUGAUUAAGGCGGAGGAUGAGGAGGACGAGGAGGAUGAUGACGAGAUACCGGCGUAUUUUUGUAUCCCUGAAGGGCCACUGUAUCGGGACGUUCGCAGCCGGCGCAGGGUCGUGCGGAUGGUGGCGGGCGAGUACAGCCAGCAGGCGGGCAAUUUGGGCAUACCAGUGUCCCAGGUGCCCGAGGCGUUGGGCGCGCAUAACGAGGAGGUGAUAAGCCGCCUUCGAAGGACGCCUACUAAGCGUGCUCGUAACGGACCUGCGGUGGGCGGCCAGCCUGGUGGGUUGGUCGAGGCGCAGGAAGCUAGUGUGGUGUGCGACGAUUGUUUGCCAGGCGGAAGCCUCUAG